GUUUUUGGAUUUUUCGCUCAGUUCCACGUGGAGUCGGCUUCUGCUCGAACCGCCCUCGUGUUACAUCACUCCUGCAACGAGCGAAUCCACCAACCCACACACUUACACACACACACGCACAUACACUCUGACUUGAAAACCCCGCCGACCACAAUGUCGACGUCGCGCUCGGGCAACACGAAAAAGCAGGGCCAAAAGUACCAGAAUGCGUUCGCGUACCAGCACAACAAGAACAGCAAGCUCACCAAGCGCAUCAUGGCAUUGCCAGUGGACGGUCUGUGCUUCCGAUGCAAGGAUAUCGUCGACUGGCGCAAGCGCUUCCGCAAGUACAAGCCAUUGACGCAGCCCAAGGUUUGCACCUCGUGCAGCAAGCGCACCGUCACCAAGGCCUACCACGUCAUCUGCGACGGCUGUGCCGAGAUCAAGAAGGUGUGCGCCAAGUGCCUCGAGCGCACGGACAUUGCGCCAAAGGAAAACUACACGCCGACCGAGCUCUUCCACGAGGAGCAGAAGCGCGACAACGAGUUGCGAGCGUUGCGCGAACGCGACCGAAGGAAGGUGCUGCGCCUGGCCGAAGCCGAAGCAGAGGACGAUAGCGACGCUGAAGGCUCCGAUGACGACGAGGACGGCGCACCGGCCGGCAAGUCCGAGCCCGCAGUCCACCGCAGCGAACGUGUCAUUGGCUCAAUGUCACGGCGUCCUCUCGCCGAAUCCGCCAAACCCAGCAAUCCCGCAGGCGCAUCAGAUGAUGACGACGAUGAUGAGGAUGAUGAGGCUGAUGAGGAGGAUUUUGAUGACGAGGAUUUUGACGACGACGACGACGACGAGCAAGAUUUUGACGAAGAGGACGACGAAGAGGACGACAACCUUCCUGCCAAACCCGCGACUGGCAAAGCAAGCGCAGGACGCCCAUCCGCUACGUCGGCAGGCAAGGGCAAGAGCAAAUCGAGCAACUCGGCGCUGGAUGCUCUCGACCAGGAAAUUGAUGAGCUGUUGGCGCUUGACGGGAUGGAACUUGAUGAUGAUGACGACGACGAAGAGCUCACUGCCGCCGAGAUUGCACAUGCACGAGCAGUUCAUCGCCGAUUGAAGGAGCGGGAGGCGCUGUCUGGCGGUUCGGCCACGCGUAAGCCUGCAGCAUCGGCGACCUUUGCAACAGCAGCCUCAACGGCACCAGCAGUACCAGCAGCAUCAACAGCAUCAGCAGUACGCAAGCCUGCCGGCGGCCGCGUGGUUAAGACCGCUUCUGGCGUCAAGAUGCGAAUUGGGCCGACGCUUGGAUCCAAGUGAGCGAAUUGUGUCUUGUUUUUGGAACUGUUUCUUGUUGUGUGUAUGAGCGUGGUGUUUUUGUUUGUUGCCUUCUGUUGAUUACAUCCUUACGAUUGACGG